GCACUGUUCAAGCCACCUUCGGCAGUCGCAGCUUAGCUUUCACCACCACCUGCAUAGCUCGGCUUCAGUGCUCUCUAUGCUCUCUAUGAUCUAUUUGACACACUUGGUCAACAUAUAUUGCAAUCAGACUCUGUAGUUUGUCGCGAAGGCGCGAGCAUGUCAGGAAGGUUCAGCGGCAGUGCUGUCGGAGGCUAAUUCCGUGCCUGCGUCCUCUCCCUCUCAAAGAGGUCUUUUUUAGGGUCUACCUACGGGAGACAAGGUUAGCUUCGACGAGGAUCAGCAUGUCGAUCCAGAAGUUCUUUAGCAAGGCUGCUAAACCGGAAGAUCGACGCGGACGGCUGAGGAAGAUAGCCGAGGAGACUUUGGACGCUAUUGAGGAGGGAACUUACACUCUGAAUGGGAAGAAACACGACCUACGCACGUCUGUGGCCCUCGCCAAGAAGAAGACACAGUACUACGCUCCUGAUUCACUCCUCUCCGGCUGGUCUGCCGCGCGAUCUUCUAGACCAGAGCGGUCUGCUGAUACGGAUCUGUCUGUCCUCGAGGUCUCCACGCUGGAGGGAGCCCGCCUGUUGUCUGCCGUCCAGCAAGCAGGCCAGACGGGUGCCCCACCGUCGAGGGUGGGCAUCCUGAACUUUGCGUCAGCGACGAAACCAGGAGGCGGCUUCAAGAACGGCGCGCAGGCGCAGGAGGAAUCCAUCGCACGCUCGUCCACGCUCUAUCCCACUCUCACUACCAGUCUCUCGCAGACGUUCUACUCGGUGCACGAGAAGGACCGGAAAGACGGAUUCUACACGCAUGCGAUGAUAUACUCGCCGGGCGUCAUCGUCUUCCGGGACGACGACGGGGGCUGGAUCGAGCCCCUCGACGUCGACGUGCUCACGAGCGCAGCCGUCAACGCGGGCGUCGUGCGGCAGAGACUACACGACCGUCUGGAUGACGCUGCGGUAGAGGGCAAGGUCGAAACGGUCAUGCGCGAGCGGAUGGCGCGGAUCUUGUAUCUGUUCGAGAAGCAGGGCGUGAAGAGCUUGGUGCUGGGCAGCUUUGGGACGGGCGUGUUCAGGAAUAACGUCAACCUCGUGGCGAACGUAUGGGCGGAUCUGCUCGUGGAGCCUGGGGCGAGGUUCAAGUCGACCUUCGACCAUGUCGUCUUCGCUAUCCUUGGGAAGGCGACGUUCGAGGAGUUUGAGCGAGUACUCGAGCAGCGAAAGCCUGCAAGCGCGUCCACAUAGCGGGAUUCGUGCGGACUACGGGUGUGGUGGAAGAUGAAGGGUGUUUGCUUGGAUUUGUGCGUCGUUUGUCCCUGUACCUCUAGUGUCCGCGCGACUGGCGGUUGGUAUGCAUGC